CAUCGUCUGUGAAGCAACUCGCGUACGUCGCGCGCUACUAUCAUUCGUGUCGCGGAUUUUUUUUUUCUCUUGUUCAGCAUUUCUGGUUUCUAGCUAUUCGACUUUCGUCGACUUUGAGCUUCAGAAUACGUUUUGUUCGUGUCGCAAAAUCGAUAAGGUGUGCAGCUGUUGGCUCGAACCCGGUAGAACUAUUAUUUGGCUUCGCAUAUCAAGCGAAUCUAUUUUCGGAUCAACGCUCCCUCUCAAUUCGCAAAAUAACAACCCAAACACUACGGUACCUUGGACGUCAACGCAGUUGAUCGCAGCAUUUCCCCCCACUGAACGCCACCCGUAUCGAGCAGAACGGAACAGAACAGCUGAGCCAAGCGCAACCAAAGCAGAUUCCGUUAAAAAUAAAUUCAAUCAACUGCGGUAAGUGCUGCAGCGAGGUGCGCGUCACUAUCGGGAUAUUAUUGAACAGCCAAAGCUGAGAAGUGUUAUUCAUUCGGUUGCAGCCGCGCGACGUGGUAGUCCAAAAAGGGAUCAGUUGUGGACUCUUCAGAAGUGAUUCGAUACGAUAGCUUGUGGGCAACUUGAGUGAGUGUCGUAAUUCUGGAAAAAUGUGGGUGGGCCUCGCAGGAAGAAAAGCCUGACACGACUGAUGAUCGUGCAACCGUGAGCUAAGAGGUAUUCGUCUGAGUGAGUGAAAAAAGUGCUUCUGUUGCGGAGUGAUUAGGCUCCUUAAUAAUCCCUUCGGGUCAAGGAAAAACAUUGACUCGCGUGUGCGUGUUAUACACCGACUAACGAAAAUAGUGUGUUCGCCAAUCCGGCGUGUAACCGGCUUGAUGAGAAGUAAACCAGUGCUAACCGAUUUGAAUCUGCUAUUCGCGGGACCUAUGUAUCACACCCGGACAAAAGACUUUCCCAGCCAAGUGAGCAACUGUCAACGUUACUCCCCAAAGGACCCUCGUCUUAGAUCGACGCAGAGUAAUUUAUCGACGUUAAUACGGAUGAACAACACCACCACCCGCCAGAGAACCAUUCGCACCGUUGCCGUGUAGACCAGAUAGGAGCAUAACCGUGCGCGUGACUCGAUCUACAAAGUAAGCGUCAGCAGUACGAUCCUCGACGUCCGGUGCAGCUGUGUUUGUGUAUUGCGCAGUUCAAAACAAAAGUCAAUUACAACCGUAAAUAUCUGUAGCGAGCGAAAAAGCAAUAAACCAAGCAGAAGCACGCCAUCGUCGUCGCCUUCCUGGGACCGUUAGUCGCAACGGAAGAUCGCGUCCGUUGAGAACGUUUUGAAUCUGCUUUACGAGAACGAGGACGGUUUUGAUCUUAGAGAGCUUUGGACACAAUCGCAGCGCAGGUGCGUCGUCUGCUGACGCGCCGCCCUUGUUUUGCUGCUACGAAUUGCAUUAUUGCAUUAUUACUGCACACUUCGUACGGAGUAAUCCACGCGCGCAAUCAAAGUCUAGAUGUGCUUUGCCAAUUGUCAGCAACGUGGGAUAGCCAUUGAUAUUUGGAAGCUUUUCUAAUAGGUAACGCAGUCAACCAGUUGCCCAUCCUGAUCGGGCGUUCAGUGAUUAUUAAUAGAUCUGAAUUAUUCCCUGCAAAACGACCAACACACGGCACAGACAGAGCGGCACACGCCAAUCACACCUGAAGGUCACACGUCAACUCCUACGAGGUCGAUUAUAAAGCAAAAGCGAAAGCUGUCUGUGAUAAAUUGUACGAAUAUCUUUCUGCUUUCUCCUCCGUUGUAAUCAGACAGCACUGGUUUUUAAAUAGCGUCAAAAUGGUCGUCGAAAUUCAAAUCACUGACCCCAAUAACGAGUGCCACAUCCUCCGAAACAACACGGACACUCAGCUUAAUAAUAACAACUACAACUACAACAACUACAACAACAACAAUAACAAUAACAACGACAAAAACACUCGUUUCGGAAAAGAGCAACUAGAAGCAAUUAAAACGACCCUGCUCAACGCAAAUGAAGUCACGUUCAGCAACCUUUCGGAUGACGAGUAUGACGACGACGACGAUCAUCGGGGCAUAUCCCAGCUGACGGUAGUUGAUCCCAAUCGGAGAAAACACCGCCUAAACUCCGAACUUUCGGAGGCAGACUCCAUUCUCUCGUCGUUCAACGAACCGCUGCGGAAGCCUAAACCGAAGAUCCCGGAUGGUGGCUAUGGCUGGGUGGUGGUGUUUUCGUCGCUAAUGGUUUCACUCAUCAUGGACGGUGUAUCGUUCUCGUUCGGGCUAAUCUACACCGAGCUGUUGGCUUACUUUGGGGAGUCCAAGUCAAAAACCGCCUGGAUCGGAUCGUUGUUCAUUGCUGUGCCUUUACUGGUUGGUCCCAUCAUGUCCAGCCUGGUAGAUCGAUACGGGUGCCGCAAGAUGACCAUGAUAGGAGGAACGAUUGCUACGAUCGGUUUCGCUAUUUCAUCGUAUUGUCAAUCGGUGGAACAGCUCUUUUUCUCCUUCGGAAUUUUAUCCGGGUUGGGCCUGGGCGUCGGAUACGUCACCGUAGUCGUCUCGAUCGCUUUCUGGUUCGACAAGAAGCGAACAUUUGCCACUGGAAUUGGAGCCUCCGGUACCGGUAUCGGUACGUUCCUAUAUGCUCCCCUCACGCAAUAUCUGAUAGAAACCUUCGGCUGGCGUGGCACCACGUUGAUCCUCGCCGGCACUCUCUUCAACAUUGUCGUUAUGGGUGCCCUGAUGCGCGAUCCUGAUUGGAUGAUUGAGGAAAACAAACUGGAAAGCCGAUCGCAAAGUAUCCAAACCUUCUCCAACUCCAGUGUCUGUCUGGACGAAAUCAAGAAACUGCUCGAAACGGGCGUUGCGAAAGAACACCUCCUGGAUACCCUGGUCACCAACGUAAACACCGAAGCGAACCAAACUAUCCCACCGGAUGAUCCGGCAAGCGCCAAAAAGUAUCAAAGUGAACUAACACUGCCAACGUUCAUCAAAGAUCACGACAUCGCUCAACCCCUGACCGGAAGUCGACGUUCCCUACGGCAAGCUAUGCUCGCGAACCAUUCCUUCCGACCACUCGAGGAAGAACUAUCUCCCGUCCAAGAUUCGAAAACCCCUAACGCUAAGCUCGCCAGUUCAGAAUCGCUCAACACGUACGAGAAGGUAUCCAGUACCGGUUAUGGUGAAAACGGAAGUCUCGGUCUCAAAGCCUCGCUUCAAACCCUCAGUGUCACUUCCCUAGACGAAGGCUACCUCAGCUGCCAACGCCAGAAAGAACUGCAAUCCCGCGGAGGAGGAAGCACCUGGUCCCUAGACGAAACAUGCCUAGCCCUGAAGAACAACCAGGACGAAGAGAAUCAACGGUCGUUCCGUGGAACCUCGCUGGACGUGGUCUACGAGAAUGAAAUUUUCAACCCGAACGUUAACACCACAGUCACGCUGGUGGUCCCCAAACAGGAAACGAUGAAACCGAAAGAGAGAAAAGGAGGUCUCAAACGAGGUAAUGUGCACAAUCACUCACUGCGCUAUUCCCACUUCCUGAAGGGUAUGCGAGUGCACCGGAAUUCGAUUCACUACCGAGGAGCGCUGCUGAACACGCCCCGCUACCGGCUGAAGGCGUCGUCCUGUCCGAACAUCUACCGCAACUCGAUGACGACGAUCGCCAGGGAGAAAGAUGAGAUUUUUAUUGUGCCUUCACACAUGUAUCUGUUGAGAAAAUGGUACGACGACUUCAUAGAUGCCUUGAAAACCAUGUUCGACUUUUCGCUUUUCUUAGAAUACAAGUUCAGCAUGAUGAUGAGUUCGACUCUUCUGCUCUUUAUUUGGUACAUCAUCCCAUAUUUCUACAUCCCGGACUACAUGCUGAUGUAUGGCUUCACCGAGCAGGACAGUGCCAAUAUGAUCUCGAUUAUCGGUAUAACCAACACCGUCGGCAUGAUCGUUCUCGGAUGGCUGGGCGACCAACCGUGGAUUAAUGUGACCAAAACAUACAUGAUCUGUAUGUUCAUGUGCGGCAUAUCCAUCGUCCUGAUGCCUUUGCUGGUAUCAAACUAUGCCACAAUGGCCAUGUUGUGUGGACUGUUCGGAUUCACCUUCGCCAGUACCUUUUCCUUUACGCCGAUCAUCUUGGUGCGGUUGGUCAGUCUGGACGAUUUCACCAUCGCCUACGGAUUGUGCCUGCUGGUUCAGGGCAUCGGCAGUCUCAUCGGACCUCCGCUAGCUGGUUUAAUGUACGAUCUGACCGAAACGUGGGAUAUCUCGUUCUACGCAGCUGGAUUUUUCAUAUUCCUAUCGGGAAUUUUUGCCUGGGCGGUUGGAACGUUGGAUGAGGAAGACAAAGACAGCGACGAACUAAGUUCCACUGUGACGGAGUAGAUCUUGAUCGCGGCGUACUUACUUGAAGAAAAAAAAAAAUGACAAUUUCAGUAGUUUAAGCAUAGUUUCUUUCCCAUUCGUACGUGUUGCUCCAUGUGACUUUCAUUUUCCUCACAGUAUACCUACCUCGUAAUUGAUCCGAUUUUACACAACAAAAAAAAACAAAGAAAUUGUGCAACUGAUCGAUCAAUUAAACGUAAUGUUGGUCAGACGAAAUCAACUGAAGCAAAAACGUAUGCCUUACAUAUAUUCAAUUGGUCUUUUUUGAAACUUAGUAAAUUCGUUGUAUGUAGGUAGCGGAUCUCAUAGUUCUCGCUUGAAUUUCUGCUGAGCUGAGACGAAACUUUCGUAUAAUUUUAAAAAGCAGUAGAAAACAUAGGAAUUUUCGAAUUUAGAUCAAAAUUAUACUACAAGUCGACGAAAAUGGUAGCUGUACUGUACAUAGUGAGUAUUAUAGCAAGAUUUAACAAUGCCUUGCGGUCGAUUGAACACCGUAAUUGUAAACCAAUAAUCAGUAUUCUUCAGUCCGGCGAGCUGAGGAAAACCGUGAUAAGAGUUUGGACGUUCUAAUAUUCGAUUCGAUACAUAAGUAUAAACCCUCACUUAAUAGGAUAUUAGCUAUAGCGAAGUAAUUUGUCCCCAUUUCAUUCUCCCGAGUACUUAUUCUAAAACAAAUGUAUUUAAAAGUUGAAUAAAAUAAAGAUUCUAAAAA